UAGAAAAAGAAAACGUUGUUGAUACUGGGUUAUCGAGACGCGGAAUACGCGGGGAAAUCAAAAGCGAAAAGUUGGGGAAAAGUGAAGGAUUUGCAACAAUACAAUCAACAGUAGCCAGCUAUAGAUUAAUUUUCUACGAAAUAUGCUGGGAAAUAGUGACCACGAAGUUUUAGCAGAUGAACCUGUGAACGCUGAAGAUCUUUUUGGAGAAGCUGAUCAACCGCUACUGCCGCCUCUCUCUCCCCUUAACGACUUAGAAGGAGCUGCUUCUGAAGGAAAUAAUGAUAACGAAAACAACGAAAAAACAGAGCCUCAGAAAAAACGAAGACAAAUUAACCGCUUACCAAACUUAAAUGACGAAUGGCUGACCAACCCAAGAAUGGAAGGAAUUUAUAAAGUGAACAAUUAUUUUGAAAGUCUCAAAUACAAAAAAGGAAAAGGCAGAGAGCAGGAAAAUUUAAAAAUAAUAUUACAAAGGUAUGAAUACUGGGCACACCAAUGUUAUCCAAAGUUGUGUUUUUCAGAUUUUGUUCAUAAAGUAGAGCUUCUAAGUGGUAAGAGAAAAAUAAAGCAUGCUUUACAAGAAAUUCGUAAUAAUUUGACGGAAAACAACAACAACAACGGGGGCGAUGAUGAAGACAGUACCAACAACAUGGAAAAUGACAACAUUGACCCUUUCGCUGGUGAUAGUAACAGCACAGGUAACAAUAUUUUGAAAGAAAACAAUGAAGAAGUUGAUGCAGGUGUGACUGCACAAAAUGUUCUGCAUGCACAACCUCCAGAGCAGCAAGUGAGUCCCAAAAUUUCCGAGGAAAUGAGGGAAAUGAUAAGAAGAAAAAGAGAGGAAGCUAUUGCAAAGCGUAAACGUAAGUUGGAGGAAUCAAUGACUGAUGAAACACAUAAUAUCAAUGAAAUUGAGGAAACCACAACAACUUAAGAUGCUUAAGCCUAAACAUCAUCAUGAUAAUACAUCAAGGAAAUAACUUUUUUUAUAUCUAGCUACUAUAUAUAUAUAUAGCUACAUACAGAACUAAAUAAAAUGUUAUUAACUAUAUAUAUCUACAAUCUGUUUUUGCUUUUUUAAUGGACCUGUUACUAAGGGGUCUAUUUGUUAGAAUAAAAUGCAUACCUAAAUUCAAUAAUGGAA